GUGCGCUCCAACGAGAGAGCCAAUGCGAGCGCGGGACGUCACUGGAAGCUGCAAGGUUCUUCAGGUGCUGUGCCGCAACUUAUGCCUCGAUUUGCAAAUCGCGUGCAACACGAUGACUCCAUGAGCCACCCCCGCUCAAUGCAAAGUUCUUGGACGGUUUUAUGACUUUUAUCCUAUAAGGAUUUCCGUCUUACGAGCAGAUGGGGGCCGCCCCGUCUGCCCACCUCCACAUUCCUCGCUUUUUCUAGCGUUGGCCGCGAGACAGGACGGGCAUUGGCAUUAUUACCUACCAUGACCCUGACCUCGUCCGAGAACCGUGCAGUAGCGCCCGCCUGGUCGGAGCCCUCAGGGACUGUGCUUUCGGUCUCGGCAGUGCCAGCGCCAGCGCCAACGCCGAUACCGCGCCGACAUCCCAACGCCAUGCCGGACAACGCGGUGCCGGAUGGGAAAUCCCGCACGCUGCAGGGCCCCUCGGCGAAGGAAUGGGCAAGACACCGCGAGACCAUCAUCGGCCUCUACCGGCAGUACCCGCUGAAGCGGGUAAGCGAGGUCAUGAAAAGGAACCACGGCUUCUCAGCCAGCAAGCGCAUGUACGACAAGCGGUUUCGGGAAUGGAAUGUCUUCAAGAAUGCCAACAGCGACGAGAGAGCGCGCGCUGCGCGGCGGGCUGAGUGCUCCGCCUCGGCCGUGGACCAGAGCGGUAGCCAGAACUUCAGCCAGGAGGACUUGCGCAAGACCAUCAAAUGCGCCAGGACCAUCCAGCAGGGAGUACGGAGACCACCACCGGCAUCGCCGGCAACAACCUCCGGAAGCAGUCCCGCCGGGGCCGAGACUAUCGCUCCUCCAUAUCACAACCGACAAGCUCGGCGGAGUAUCAGCAUCUCAGACCUAAUCAAGGAGGAAGAUGAGCCAGAGUGUUCCAACACCGCCCCGUUUCCUCCAUUUUCCUCGUUUCCCCCAAUCCCCCCUCAGGAGAAGUCCCCGCAAGCGGUAUUCUCACCUCCCAAUAGCCCAGGUAGCACACCACACUCAGCUUCAGGGUCUUCGGAUAAGAUGUUUCACGGCCAGAAGGACUCGGGCGCUCUCGUUGUGCCUGCUGCUUCCCAGGGACCGGGUCUGGCUGCCUACAGAGCCCAGCUACAUGAUCUGUUCAAGACCCCUCCCCCGUCCCUCUCCCCUGACGCCAGGACGCGCACGAUGAGUCUCAUCCAUAUGAAGCUCCUCGAGUAUUACGACUGGCAACUCAGCAACGUGCCGCAGGGUGUCCUUCCGGACGAUUAUCUGGGCCAUCGAACUUCUAAUGAAUCGAUAAGAUACUGGAACACCGUCAAGAAUGCGAUUUAUCUCGUCAAGAUCUCUACCGGAUCUAUGGAAGACCCGAAUCAGCGGCCUGACCGGCAGGCGUUGCCGGCGCUUGCUGAGGCCGGUCGGCUUGCGGCCCCAGCCAUGACGAGCCACCCAUUUGACUUCCUCCGGAACCUCUUCGCGACGCUGUCACCGGCGAACACCAGUGCGCGCCCGGAGCUCCGGAGCAUUCUCCUCCGAUUCCUCGCCAGCGAGGCUCAGACCAACCUCUCGCCUAACCACCCCAUCACCCAGAUCUGCAAGGAGCUUCAGGGUGACGAGGGUUGCCAGGAGAUCUCUCAGCACAGCCUGCAGUGCAUGCUCGAGAUCUUCAACAGCCGGCUGGGACGGUCCAGGGCCAUUACGUUCAAGCUCCUCGACUCGCUCGCUACGCUUCUCCGGCGCAGCGGCGAGUACCACGCUGGCUUGGAGAUCAUCACGGAGCUUCUCAAGUCGUCCCGCCCGGUAUUCGGGCCAGAGUCGGACCAGGUACGCACGGUAGAGAACGAACUGGCCCACUUCUACAUGCUGUCGGGCGACUCUGACCUGGCCCUCGGUCACUGUCUGUCCGUGGUCACACGGCCGCCGACUUCAACAUUUUCGGAGCUGCAGGAGGAGCCGGCGUUCUAUGAGGACGGGAUCGCUGCACACGCCAUGGAGGACAUUGCCGAGAUCCAUCAGCGCCGCGGCGACAUGGAGCAGUGCAUAACCUGGCUGGAACGCGCUGCUUCUAUUGCGCUGACCGUGUGGGGACCCAAAUCGGUCGCUACGAGCCAUCUCAUCGACAAGAUGACGACCUUGCAGCGGCAGUUUGGCAAGGACCUGUUGAGGAGUGCGACGCUGUGGGAGGCUGCGAUGGUGGAAUAGGCGGAGGGGAGGAGGUUGGAUUCCGGUGUCAAUUGGGAGACGGCUCAUCAGCGGACAUUCCUCAUGUCGUCAUUCUACAUUAAUCUCACGGUCACCCCGUUCGGGUGGGCAAAGCAUUUGAGGGGAGAGAGUCAACGGGCCAGGGUUCAUAAAAGUACGGUAUGUCCUCGUAUGUACAAUACAUACAUUAGUUCAACAUCACAACGGUCGUCGGCACGGCAGGUUGACCGAAAACAA